AUGUCCAUCAUUAUCAUUCUCUUCUUCCUGGCUAUUGCGCGCGCAGAGUACACUGUUGAUGCGUCGGAGGGUUGUGUCCCUGUUUACUCGUCGGUUCCUGGGCCAUUCUCGGAACUUCGCAUUGACAAAACUGACUACAAAUUCAAUGGUAAGGGCCUCUGUGUAAAUACUUGCAAUCCUAAUGAUGCCGUUGAAUGCUCAUCCAUUGAAUACGAUGACGGUACCUACUUGGCUACUGCGGUUGUCUGUAAUGCCGCGGCCCACGUCUGGACUGGUUUCAAUGUUGACGAAUACCUGGAGGACGAACGCCACGCCUACGUCACUGCUUACUUCACAAAAUGUCACCAAUACCUCAACAUUGAAGACAACUGCAUUCAACCUCAGUUCUCCAGUGCGGGUGAGAUCGAUGCUGCUGGCAUGUCAGAAGUUGAAAUUGUCUGCGCCCGCCACGACAUUUGCCCACAUGGACCAUUUACCACCAUCAUGAACGCCACCAAUACUCUCUGCUCUGACUAUGGCUAUCCAAAAUGCGACACUGAGAUUGACGGUGAUAUUCGUAAGUUGAAGACGAUUUUCAAAAGACCAGAAGGACAAAGGAGGUCCUUUGUCUACUGCUCUACUAUUGAUUCCUUCCUCUCAUACGUCAUCGACUGGGGUUAG